UUUAAAUCGCGCUGAACCCAGUGGAGCGGAGAUCAGACAGCAGAGGACGGUCAGCUUCAGCAGCUCCGAGCAGCGAUGGACCGAUAAACCUUUGGAAGCGAUGAUCAGAUUUGUUUGCCAUGGAAAUGGACAUGAUGCCAAAAUUCUCCUCGAAGGACGAGGAAAUUGAUUUCUGGAAAGCUCUUUCCCUCAAGUACAAGAAAGGCUGUGAGGAGGCCCAGGAGGAGCUGCUGGAGUUCCAGGAGGGGAGCAGAGAGCUGGAGGCCGAGCUGGAGGCCCAGCUGGGCCAGGCCGAGCACCGCGUCAAAGACCUGCACUCCGAGAACCAGCGGCUGAAGAACGAGGUGGAGACGCUGAAGGAGCGGCUGGAGCAGCAGUACUCUCAGAGCUUCAAGCAGAUCUCGCUGCUGGAGGACGACCUGGGACAAACGCACAGCAUCAAGGAGAAGCUCCACAAAUACGUCCGAGAGCUGGAGCAGUCCAACGACGACCUGGAGAGAGCCAAACGAGCCACCAUCGUUUCUCUGGAGAACUUCGAGCAGCGCCUGAACCAGGCCAUCGAGAGGAACGCCUUCCUGGAGAGCGAGCUGGACGAGAAGGAGUCGCUUCUGGUGUCGGUGCAAAGGUUAAAGGAUGAAGCUCGAGAUUUGCGUCAGGAGCUGGCCGUGCGAGAGCGGCAGGCAGACAUGAGCCGGAUGUCGGCUCCGAGUUCCCCGACGCAGGACAACAUCAAGAUGGACUCCGCAGUACAAGCCUCCCUCUCCCUCCCUGCAACGCCUCUGACCAAAAGUCUGGACAACGCCUUCGCCAAUCCAUCAGUUCUGUCUAACGGCUACGGCAGCAACUGUCCUCUGACUCCCUCUGCCAGAAUCUCAGCGCUCAACAUCGUCAGUGAUUUACUCCGGAAAGUGGGGGCUUUGGAGUCGAAGCUCGCCGCCUGCAGGAACUUCGCUAAAGACCAGAAAGCCCGGAAGGCGUUCUCUCUGGACAACAGCAACGCGCUCAACGCAAACACAACCAGCUACGCUCAAGCACUCAGUACGUCGUACUUUGAUAGAGCAACCGAGACAGUCAUAUUCCCGGCGUUAGUUCUGGCGGGACGGUGAACAGGCUCGACCCCGGGACCCUGACAGCCAUCACCUCCGCUCCCGCCGCUUCCUCACCCGGCUUGGUGCGCCUGGCUGUGUAGCCCAGGAGCAGAGAUCGAACGCUUGGUUGCACCGUCUCCAGCUGCGCCCUCCUUGUUGUUUAACGCCGUCUGUUGUUCUGACUCGACUCUUGUGCUUUGUAACUGCUGUAAUGAUGGCUCCAUGUGUGAGUAAUGGGUGUUUGUUUAUCUGUCUGGCUCUGAGAAAGACCAUGAGGGUCUUUCUGCUCACCUGACUCGGGUUUGUUGAGUGCAUCAUGUCGAUAAAAGGAAAAUAUUAUGCAAAUGUUACAUUUCUGACACAAUAAACAACACUUUUCUCACUUGUAAACAGAAUAUCUCACAUUCUUACUUAGCAAUAAUGUCAGCUAAACCUUCACACAUGUCGGCCGUGUCGGUUAGUUUAAGUUGUUCAAUACGUGUGCUUGAACAAUGUUUAAGUCCUUUUCUCUGGUGUUGAAGCACGCCUGGUUUAUUUACAGAACUAGUGUCUAGUGAGUCUUUGUAGCGAGUCACACAACGUAACUUUAAACUUUGUGACAUGAAGCGUACAGUAUUGGUCAUAUUGAUCCGCGUUCACAGCUCAGCAACAAAGUGGAGAGUUCAGACAUGCUAAAGGGAUAGUUCAGAUUUUCUACCCAUGGUGUUCGAGAGACAUUAUGAGCAGUCAGUAUCUUACCUAGUGGGUGUUAAGUUAAGACGGAGACAAACAAAGCAGGUUUCUGCAAUCUUUGAUCAACACAAAAUACAUUUUUAUUGAUUGUGAUUUUGGUCCAUGGCUGUUUAUGCUGCAGACUGUUGGUUUGAGGUCUGCCUCAGUUUUUUUUUUUAUUAUGUUGAAUAUUUUUUAACAGAACUCUGUUUGUUCAAAUCUAACUUGUGCAUCUAAAAAUCUGAACUAUCCCUCAAUUUAAUUUCUGUUCUCUUUUUACCUGUUUUAACUUUUUUUAAAGUCAUUGCACAAUUUAUUUCUAGGUUUAUGUGGAAUGUAGGUCAGUUUUAGUGCAAUGUGUUUUUUGCUGUUUUUAGGUUUAAUUUAUUUCUUGACUGCAUGUAACCAAUAAAAGAUGUAUUUAUUAUCACAAA